AUGGCGGCGGAAAAGUACGCCCAGGACAUCGAGAACGCUGCAGACAUCUCCGAGACCGAUGUCUUUGAUCCGGCACUGGAAGCGCGAGAAAAGGCCUUAAUUUGGAAGCAGGAUUUACGGAUCGUUCCGCUCUGCGCGGCAAUAUACCUGCUCUGCUACUUGGAUCGGUCGAAUAUAGGAAACGCCAAAAUCCUCAAUGAAGAUACACAUAAUGACCUCCUUUCGGAGACGAAUAUGACUUCGUACCAGUAUACAAUCGCACUCAUGGUCUUUCUGAUUGCCUAUGCGCUAUUCGAAGUACCGUCUAAUUAUUUAUUGAAAAAGCUUCGGCCCAGCCGAUGGAUCGCUUUUCUUAUGCUUGCCUGGGGCGCCACCACGAUGGGCCUAGGUGGAGUUCACAAUUACGCUCAAGUGACCGGGCUGCGCUUUCUUCUCGGGGUGAUGGAGGCUGGCCUUUUCCCUGGAUUUGUCUAUUAUCUCACUUUCUGGUAUCGGAAUUCCGAACGCUCUAUGCGAGUCGCCUUGAUACUUGCCUCGGCCACUCUAGCAGGUGCUUUUGGUGGUGCUAUCGCGUACGGUGUUGGUCAUAUGAACGGUGCACAUGGACUUUCCGCUUGGCGGUGGCUGUUCAUAAUUGAAGGCGCACCCUCUUGCGCCUCCGCCGCCCUGGUUUGGGCUUUUCUACCAGACUAUCCUGAGUCAGCGCAUUGGCUCAAUGCGGAGGAGAAAGAGCUGGCGGAGCAGCGCUUGAGGCUCGAGGGGUCGAAAGGUUCCGCAAGCGCUAUGUCAUGGGCUGAUGCAAAGGCUGUGCUCAUGGACUGGAGACUGUAUGCUCACUAUGCAGUUUACUUCGGAAUCUCGACGCCCUUCUCAAGUCUCUCUCUUUUUACGCCUGCCAUUACUUCUGGGCUUGGUUACUCCAACCUCCGUGCCCAACUGAUGACUGUACCUCCAUACGCAGUGGCAUAUGUCGUGACUGUAAUUGUCGCAUGGUCUGCCGACCAUUUUAAUAGCCGUGGUCUUCAUUCUGCCAUCUUCUCCUUUAUUGGGGCAAUGGGUUUCCUUGCAUCUGCCGUCCUCCCAGCCGAGGCUUACCUGCACCGCUAUGGCUGUCUUAUAGUUGCGGCCAGUGGCGCAUUUGCCUGCAUCCCACCGCUUCUUGGAUGGCUCUCUUCGAAUCUGCGCUCCACCGCAGGAGCAGGACUAGCGAUUGCGCUGAAUGUAUCAUUCGGAGCGCCGGGCCAGAUCGUGGGUGUAUGGAUCUAUAAGAGUGACGAAGCGAAGAAGGGAUACCCGACGGGACACUGGACAAAUGCAGCCUUGCUACUUUUUGUAGCAGUCGGAUGUAUCCUGCUGCGCUUAUACUACGGGUGGAGAAAUAAACGGGGCAAUGGUGAUGGAAUGGGGAAAAACUUUGCAUAUUAG